AUGUGUUUGAAACAUGUCUGGACAUAUCACAAGCAUCAGGGCUCACAGCCACAUGGUCCUGACUGGAGUGAGACGCUAGAAGAAGUCUCCAACUUUAUUCGCCUUGAGCGCUUCUAUUUCACAAAGUCAACAACUCCAGAUAGUAUGAAGCGACUAAUCCACAUCUAUACUUCACAGCGCUCUAAGGGAAGGUAUGUAUCCUGGAUUUUAUUUUGUUAUCCUCUGUUUGACUCCCUCGACACAGCUGCAGCUACAACCUGCCAGGAGUGCUUCACUAUAAGAUAA